AUGCACUUGCGUGGCUACUGCCAAGGUGACUUCCGACUCAGGAACAAACUUGCGGAGCUCAAACCCCCUAUCGACGAUCUUGACGUGGAAAGAUUUCGAAGGGAGGUUGGUACACCCGAAAUGGAGCCCGUGGAACUAUUUGGCGACGGGAAUUUAUCAUGUCAUGUUCCGCCAGAAGUAUGCCCACCUUUGCAAUCUUUUUACAGGUCUGCCGACGCGUAUACAGUCAAGGAUGCUUGUGGCGUCGUGCUGGCCGACUUCGGACAAGCUUUCCGUCCUAAGCAUGAUGAGAGCAAGGGCAGACACUGCUCCACACCGUUUCAGUUUCAAGCUCCGGAAGCCUUCUUCCAACCCAAUGAGAACCUUUCGUACCCCUCGGAUAUCUGGAGUCUCGCUUCUUCUCACAGUCCUGGCGAGAGGAGUGGGGGCGCCGAGACACCAGCAAAGAUGAAAGCUCUUUGUGCCAGAAAUCAUGAUUCCGGCUUCUCGCGAUAUCGGAAUGACGGAACGAUACCUCUAGAAUGCUGA